AUGGAUUUAAUUAGUAAAAUUACAAAUAAAGAUUCUACUUGGAUGCCUAAUAAAGAGAAAACAUUGUGCGACCAAUUUUCACAAAAUGUACAAGACAGUUACUUAAGAAAACAUCUGAAACAAAUAGUUCGUGCACAAUCUCAUAUACCCUUUUUGGAUUUACGUGAAGAAGCUAUUAUGUGGUCCGAGGAGGAAGAAUAUAAAGAUAAAAGAUACAACACCAAGAUGAAAAGUGAAACAACCGAUACUGUACCUGAAGAACCUACAGCUGAUGUUUGCGCUAGUAAGGAUAAAACUGACACUAGUAGUGAACAAUCCGAUAAAUUCAAUCAGUUAUUGGCUGAUCGUUUAGUGGGUAAAUGGCCAACCGUUAGUGCUUACGUUGCAGGAUUUAAAGUUAACUGUCUAGUAGAUACUGGGUCAACUGUUACAACAGUUACAGAGUCGUUUUAUAACCGUUUUCUAAGGAGGUGUACUGAUCUACAAACUGAUAUUACGUUUAAUCUGAAAGGUGCAAAUGGAUCUUGUAUACCGUAUAUAGGAUAUGUUGAAGUAGAUAUUGACAUUAUGGGCCAACGUUUGCCAAACAGAGGUGUUCUGAUUGUGAAGGAUCCUAUUGACAGUUAUACCCGUAUGAGAAAAGAAAAUGUCCCUGGACUUUUGGGAAUGAACGUUAUUAGCUUAUGUAAAAAACUUUUGCAAGAAGAUUGUGGCAACUAG